AUGCCGCAGCUGUGCAAGUUCUAUGCGCAGGGACGCUGCGCGUUCGGCAAUGCUUGCAACAUGUGGCACGGCGACCCGAAUGGCACCAACGGCAGUAACAUCACCAACGGAGGCUACAAGGACAGCGACAAAAAGGCUUUCCCGGGUGGCGCGAAGGCCUCCGCGAAUGGAACCAACGGCCAGGCUCAUGCAGCAGGCGCCACAAUCUGCCGCCACUUUCUGCAGGGGCGAUGUGCCUUUGGUGAUGCUUGCCGCAACCUCCACACGAUGCCGGAGCCGCGGGAGCCAGCGCUUCCGGCGGUUCCAGUGGCGAACGGCCAGAGCCGUGUCCCGGGCCCGGCGGUUCCAGUGGCGAACGGCCACAGCCGUGGCCCGGGCCCGGCGGUUCCAGUGGCGAACGGCCAGAGCCGUGGCCCUGGCAUGCACCCGGGUGGCCCGGGUGCGGAGGCGACCACGGCUCGAGCAGAGCGGCCCCGCCCGAGGCCUGUGGAAGAGUUUACAGAAUGCGGCAUUUGCUUCGAGAAUGUCAUGAAGAGAGGUGAACGUUUUGGAAUGCUAGAAAGCUGCGACCACGCAUUUUGCCUCAGCUGUAUCCGCGGUUGGCGGCGCGAGCGGGAGCAGCAGGAUAAGCAGAACCUGCGGCUUUGUCCGGUUUGCCGCAAUGAAUCCUUCUACGUGAUUCCCACGGACCAUAUCAUCUUGGACCCCGAGGAAAAACGAGAAGUCAUCGACUCCUACAAGCAGGAGAUGGGCCGCAUCCCAUGCAAACUCUUUGACUACGGCCGAGGCCACUGUCCAUUUGGCACCAGCUGUUUCUAUGCCCACCUCAAUCCGGACGGCACGCGGUACAUCCCGCCACCGCUCAAGUGGAUGCGAGGAGCCGAAGGUAGCCAGGUGAAGUCGGAAGUGAAGAUCUCCGACUUCUUUGACUGA